CCACUGUCAUUUCCCCGCUGUCCCGACUAGACGUGGUGGACUGCGCGUGUGCGGCUGCGUGUACACAGAGGAUGGCUUGCUGCUCAGGUGCAGGUGGCAGACUCGGGGAACCAGUCAAGCGGGCAACAUUAUUUUUCUAUUUACCCAGACAGCAGGACAUUUUGUUGGGGUAGGAGCUGGAGCUUCAACCUCUUUUUUGGACCUGCCACCUUGGAGCUCUUUUAGUGUUCCUGCAAAUGAGCUAUUUUCACACCUUUUUCUUCUGCAAAAAGAAGGCAAUUUUAGUUGUUUUAAAAUAAUAAUUUUUUUAAUAUUUUCAAUUGCUUUCUGCAUGUAAAGCAGUGGAAGGAGAUUCCUUUUCUAAAGUGGGAUUUGAAGGAGGCGAAACAGGAAUGUGCCACGGUUCUGCUUCAAUCUGGAUCACAGCAUCGGCAGUGUGAAUAGCUGCGGAGGAAGAAAGAAGAGCUCUAUAAAGAGGGAAAUUUUAAAAGUCCCUCCCAGACAAUCAUCCUCCUGCACACCUGUGAGGGCUCCUCCUCUGGGAAAAAGGAGGACAAGAAACUAAUUAGGAGCUAAGAAAAAAAAACAAGCAAAAAAGGGUAAAGUCCAUCUCUUCUACCCCCUGCUUCCCACCUGUCUGGAUUAACUGGGCUGGAUCACCAUGGCGCAUGCCGCCUCGCAGCUGAAGAAAAAGGCGGAUGAGAAUCUUGCUGCUGCGGAGGAGGAGAAGGAGAAAGAGAGAAAGAGGGCAAGAAAGCGAUCACGUGAAGUCAAGAAAAAGACGGAUGUGAACGCUUGUUAUCUGCGCGCAGCUCGGGCCGGAAACCUCGAGAAAGCUUUGGAUUACCUGAAGAAUGGAGUCGACAUUAACAUUUGCAAUCAGAAUGGUUUAAAUGCUCUCCAUCUGGCCUCAAAGGAGGGCCAUGUGGAGGUGGUGGCUGGACUCAUCAAGCAGGGCGCCAACGUGGAUGCAGCCACCAAGAAAGGGAACACCGCCCUGCACAUCGCGUCCCUCGCCGGGCAGAGUGAAGUGGUGAAGGAGCUCGUCACAAAUGGCGCAAACGUCAACGCGCAGUCCCAGAAUGGCUUUACUCCACUGUACAUGGCAGCGCAGGAGAAUCACAUGGAAGUGGUGCAGUUCUUACUCGACAACGGCUCCAGUCAGAGCAUCGCUACAGAAGAUGGUUUUACUCCACUGGCGGUGGCGCUGCAGCAGGGCCACGACCAGGUGGUUUCCCUCCUUCUGGAAAACGACACCAAGGGGAAGGUCCGACUCCCAGCGCUGCACAUCGCUGCCCGGAAAGACGACACCAAGGCCGCCGCCCUCCUCCUGCAGAGCGACCACAACGCAGACAUUGAGUCAAAGAUGAUGGUGAAUAGAACAACAGAGAGCGGGUUCACUCCACUCCACAUUGCGUCUCACUACGGCAACAUCAAUGUGGCAACACUGCUGCUCAACAGAGGGGCAGCUGUGGACUUCAAGGCAAGGAAUGACAUAACACCUCUGCAUGUAGCAUCCAAACGGGGAAACACAAACAUGGUGCGACUGCUGCUGGAGAGGGGGGCCAGAAUUGAUGCAAGGACCAAGGAUGGCUUGACUCCUCUACAUUGCGGAGCCAGAAGUGGCCAUGAGCAGGUGGUGGAGAUGCUGCUGAACAGAGGAGCUCCACUAAUGUCAAAGACCAAGAACGGUUUGUCUCCUCUUCACAUGGCGACACAGGGCGACCACCUGAACUGUGUCCAGCUGCUGCUGCACCACGAGGUGCCUGUGGACGACGUAACCAACGACUACCUGACAGCUCUGCACGUGGCCGCGCACUGCGGUCACUACAAGGUGGCGAAGGUCAUUUUGGACAAGAAGGCCAAUCCCAACGCUAAAGCACUGAAUGGUUUUACUCCCCUCCACAUCGCCUGUAAGAAAAACAGACUGAAAGUGAUGGAGCUCCUUCUGAAGCACGGGGCGUCUAUACAGGCAGUCACAGAGUCUGGUCUGACGCCGAUCCACGUCGCAGCGUUUAUGGGACAUGAAAACAUCGUCCAUCAGCUGAUCAACCACGGGGCUUCGCCUAACACAAACAACGUGAGAGGGGAAACGGCGCUCCACAUGGCAGCGAGGGCCGGGCAGUCUGAUGUGGUCCGAUAUCUGAUUCAGAACGGAGCACAAGUUGAUGCCAAGGCUAAAGACGACCAAACUCCACUGCACAUCUCAAGUCGUCUGGGUAAGCCAGACAUUGUGCAGCAGCUUCUGACAAAAGGAGCAUGUCCGGACGCCACGACCAACUCCGGGUACACACCUCUUCACCUAGCUGCCAGGGAGGGACACAGAGAUGUGGCUACAGCUCUACUCGAUCAAGGAGCUAAUCUGAGCAUUACCACAAAGAAGGGCUUCACUCCAUUACAUGUUGCUGCCAAGUAUGGAAAGAUAGAGGUGGCCAACCUGCUGCUGCAGAAGAACGCUCCAGUUGAUGCUGCUGGGAAGAGUGGACUAACUCCACUGCAUGUGGCAGCGCACUAUGAUAACCAGAAGGUGGCACUGCUCUUGCUCAAGCAGGGAGCUUCGCCGCACGCCGCUGCAAAGAACGGUUAUACCCCGCUGCACAUCGCAGCCAAGAAGAACCAGAUGGAGAUCGCCACCACCUUGCUGGAGUACGGCGCCUCCACCAGCACGGUGACACGGCAGGGGAUCACUCCUCUGCACCUCGCCGCGCAAGAAGGCAACGUGGAUAUCGUGAGCCUGCUGCUGGCCCGAGAUGCUCCUGUUGGAACCAGCAACAAGUCGGGGCUGACUCCACUCCACCUGGCUGCCCAGGAGGAUAAAGUCAAUGUUGCCGAGGUUUUAGUCAACCACGGAGCCACUAUAGACCCCGAGACCAAGUUGGGAUACACCCCUCUUCAUGUCGCCUGUCACUAUGGCAACGUGAAGAUGGUCAACUUCCUGCUGAAGAAUCAGGCGAAGGUCAACGCUAAGACCAAGAACGGAUACACACCUCUGCAUCAGGCUGCCCAGCAGGGACACACACACAUCAUCAACUUACUGCUGCACCAUGGAGCUUCACCCAAUGAACUCACUGCCAAUGGGAACAGCGCUCUGUCCAUCGCCAGGAGGCUUGGCUACAUUUCUGUAGUUGACACACUCAAAGUGGUCACAGAGGAGACUCUAACCACUCAGACUGUGAUAGAGAAGCACAAGAUGAACGUCCCAGAGACCAUGAACGAGGUGCUGGACAUGUCCGAUGAUGACGUCUGUAAAGCCAAUGUCCCAGAAAUGAUCACAGACGACUAUUUUUCUGAUGUGGAAGAAGAGAUGGAUAUUGGAAAUAUCAACAUCACCUAUACUUGUGAUGAUGCAAUGACGGGGGAUACAGAUAAAUAUCUGGCCCCUCAUGACCUUCGGGAACUUGGGGAUGACUCGCUCCCACAGGAGGGCUACAUGGGCUUCAGCGUUGGUGCACGGUCGCAGAGUACCAAGGCCAGCCUCCGUUCCUUCAGUUCCGAUAGGUCCAACACGUUGAACCGGACCUCCUUCACACGGGACAGCAUGAUGAUCGAGGAGAUCCUGGCUCCCACCAAGGACCCGCAUCUGUUGAUGACAAAGGACGCUGACAACGACUCUCUGAGGAGGUACAGCUGGACUGCGGACCACCUGGAUAAUGUCAACCUCGUCUCCUCACCGGUGCAUUCUGGGUUCCUGGUCAGCUUCAUGGUUGAUGCCAGAGGCGGCUCCAUGAGGGGAAGUCGCCACAACGGCAUGCGGAUCAUCAUCCCGCCGAGAAAGUGCACGGCACCCACCAGGAUCACAUGUCGUCUAGUCAAGAGGCACAAGCUGGCCUCCCCUCCUCCGAUGGUGGAAGGAGAAGGCCUGGCGAGCAGACUGGUGGAGGUUGGACCAGCUGGGGCUCAGUUCUUAGGCCCUGUGAUAGUGGAGAUCCCACAUUUUGCCUCAAUGCGGGGCCAAGAGAGAGAGCUGAUCCUACUGCGCAGUGAGAAUGGAGAAUCCUGGAAGGAACAUUUGUACGACUGCAAGACCAGCGACCUCAAUCAGCUCCUCAACGGGAUGGACGAAGAACUGGACAGUCCUGAGGAGCUGGAGAGGAAGAGGAUCUGCCGUAUCAUCACCAAGGACUUUCCACAGUAUUUUGCUGUGGUGUCCCGGGUCAGACAGGAGACCCAUCAGAUGGGACCAGAGGGUGGGACUCUCAACAGCCGGAGCGUCCCAUUAGUUCAGGCUUCCUUCCCUGAGGGGGCACUAACAAAGAAAAUAAAAGUUGGAUUGCAGGCCCAGCCGAUUCCUGAGGACACUGUAAAGAAAAUCCUUGGUAACCGAGCAACCUUCAGCCCCAUUGUUACUGUGGAGCCCAGGAGGAGGAAGUUCCACAAGCCCAUCACCAUGACGAUCCCUGUGCCGCCUCUCUCAGGGGAAGGGCUUACUAACGGUUACAAAGGAGACAGUACGCCCUGCCUCCGCCUCCUCUGUAGCAUAACAGGCGGAACAUUUCCAGCGCAGUGGGAGGACAUCACUGGGACAACUCCCCUCACAUUUGUUAAUGAUUGUGUCUCUUUCACUACCAAUGUCUCUGCCAGGUUCUGGUUAGCAGACUGCCAUCAGAUCCCCGAGACAGUAAGCUUGGCCACUCAACUCUACAGAGAGCUGAUCUGUGUGCCCUACAUGGCCAAGUUUGUUGUGUUUGCUAAGAUGAAUGACCCAGUGGAGUCCAGCCUUAGGUGCUUCUGCAUGACAGACGACAAGGUGGACAAAACCCUGGAGCAGCAGGAGAACUUUGAGGAGGUGGCAAGGAGCAAAGACAUAGAGGUCCUGGAGGGAAGGCCCAUCUAUGUGGAUUGCUAUGGAAACUUGGCUCCGCUGACCAAAGCUGGUCAACAGUUAGUUCUUAACUUCUACGCCUUCAAGGAAAACCGUUUGCCCUUCUGUGUUAAGGUUAGAGAUCCCAGUCAGGAGCCAUGUGGUCGCCUCACUUUCCUUAAAGAGUGUAGGUCAACCAAAGGCCUCCCACAGACUGCCGUGUGCAACCUGAACAUCACGCUUCCCGCGGUGAAAAAGGAAUCGGAGUCAGAUGCCGAGGAUGAGACUGAAAAGCCAGAUCGACGUCAUACCUUUGCAUCCCUAGCCUUACGUAAGCGCUACAGCUAUCUGACUGAGCCUGCACAGAAAACAGCAGUUGAACGAAGUGCAGCAACAAGAACACUGCCUUCUGGUCACCCUCACAAACCUGUCUUUCCAACCAGACCUUACUCACCAUGGUCGACUGCUCCUAUUACCGUCCCUGGCCAAACAAGGCCCAUCGGAGUGGGGGGUCUCCUCGCCUCUGCCGAUCCACCGGCAGGCUCACCAGCUAGUUCUCCAUUAAAAUCCGCCUGGCCCCUCUCAGCACCUUCACCUGCAUGUCCCACAACUAUAAGAGCAACCUUGGGCGUUUCACCCCCAGCACCCGCCUCGUCAUCCCCAGUUAAAUCGGUCAGCGACAUACCAUCAUCCCCCAUCAGGUCUUACAGGACUGUGCCUUCACCAAUUAAAACUGUUGUCCAGCAGGGACCAUACCCCAUUCACGGGUCUGCCAUCCUUGCAACAUCUGGAAGUAAACCUGCCACAGAUCCGGCAUCAAUUAAAAAUCUUGCUCUGGCUUACGCAUCAAGGACCCCUCUCCAUCCUUCAGUACCAAAUGCUUCUUUAUCUGAGAGGUCAUCAGCUGCUACUGCUUCUGUCACAUCACCAAAAUCCCUGUACAACCGCUACAGUUCUAAUCUGCCUUUUAAAUCUGCCCUUGUGACAACAGCUGCUUCAGAAGUUGCCAACCUUUCUCCUGUUAAAAGCAUUUCCAGUCUCUCAUCUCUAAAGAUGUCUGUUGACUCAACAGUCACAUCCCGAGGAGGGAGGACAUCCAUGUCGUCCGUGUCCUCAACCGGUCAGACAACCAUUGCUUCCUCAGAAUUUUCCAUGAUGAACGGAUCCGUCUCACCUGUUAAAUACCCAUCCUCCUCCUCUACCCCAUCCUCGCCUUCUUCACGUCUUCUCUCAGAGAGAAGCAACAGUCUUCAGGAGAGGAUCCAAGCCACCACCCAGGCAGCAACCUCCGGUGUCAGUGCAGCCAUAAAUGAAGCUUUAGACUCGUACUCAGUCUCAGGGUAUGGCACGCUUAGGUCAUUGUCAUCUUCGCGCAGAUCUGCAACAGCAACCUCUGCUUAUGGUUCUCUGAGAUCUGCAUCAGCAAGCCCAAGUCCAGCAGUCUCCUCAAAUACAAUGACUGUCCCUGUUUAUUCACUUGUCAAUGUCCUCCCUGACACCCCUGUAAAACCGGGGCCUGGGUCUCUCAAAAUGGCACUGCCCGAUUCUCCUCGUACCUCGUCCACCUCUUCUUCAUCUUUCCCCUCAUGCGUUACUGGAACAAAACUGAAAUCGCAAUUAAAAUCUCCUCCAUUUAUAACACCGCCAAUCAUCCAUCCAACUGCAGCCUCCAAUCAGGAGAUACUUAAAGAUGUAGCAGAUAUGAAACAGGACCUAAUUAGAAUGACAGCUAUCCUCCAGACAGACACACAAAUGGCUGCUAAAACUGUACAAACAUCAAACACUGGCACACCUAAAGAGUCUAAGUUAGAAGAUCAGGAGCCACACACACUAGUUGAGAAGGUCAAAAAAGAUUUAGUCAAAGUCAGUGAGAUACUACAAAAGGAUGUCAUGUCUGAAGAUAAGACCAUUUCAAGUCAUGAGACAAGUUCAGAGGAGGAAUGGCAGGAAUUUUCUAGAGACGAGAUAGAGGAGGCACAAAGAAGUGCUCUCCGAGACUGUUACACUCCAUUUGACGAAAACGCUCUUUUUAAGCACCAGCCGAGGUCAAGCAAAGAGUUAGAAUUCAGUAAAGUGGUAGAUUACUUAACAAAGGACAUUGGUGCAAGUUCUCUGUCAAAAAUGGCACAGUUGAAAAGCGAGCAUGAGGAUGAGGUGAAAAAAGAGGGGGAGGAGAAACAAAAACGAGUGCUCAAGCCAUCCAUGACCAUACAAGAGCACAAACUCAAAAUGCCUCCUCCAGUUUCAGGCAUGAUCAGAUCUCCCUCAGAGAAGGACUUAAGCAAGCUUGCUGAGUCAUACCAAGGGUCGGACACAAUCUUGGAAUCUCCCGAGGAGCUGUCUCAUGAGCAAGAUAAAAGUCCCCUCUCAGACAGCGGGUUUGAGACGAGAAGUGAAAAGACGCCUUCUGCUCCCCAAAGUGCAGAAAGCACAGGCCCCAAACCUUUAUUUACAGAUUCCCCAAUCCCCCCCUGUGUAACUGAGACCAGAACUGAAGUUGUCCACAUCAGGAGCUACGAGCAGCCGGAUGAUCUUUCUGAGCCUGGAGUCAUGGAGGAAGCUGCAUCUGCUUUACCUCCUCUAGAGCCAGAAAGUUCAUCAUCAAAAGCUUUGCAGAUGAAAAUACCAGAAGAUGAUGCCUUAAUGAACAAAAGCAUGUGUCUUAAAGAGGAAACUCAUAUCACUACCACAACCCGUAUGGUGUACCACAAGCCUCAAUUGACAGACGGCGCAGAAAUGAUAGAGGAAGCCAUGUCAGUCAGAGACAUCAUGAAAGCUUUUCAGUCAGGACGAGACCCAUCUAAAGAACUGGCAGGUCUCUUUGAACACAAAGCUAGCCAAGAGUCUGUCAAAGGUGAUGAACUCACCCCAAGGUUUCUAGAACGAGACAUUAAAUCCAAACCUAAAGUUGAGAGGAUAAUUGAAGUUCAUAUUGAAAAGGGCCACAGCACAACAGACCCAACUGAGGUUAUUAUUAGAGAAACAAAGAAGCACCCUGAGCUUUACGUCUACAAAAGUGACCGUGGAAUAAAGGAGCUUACUGAUUAUGAUGAGGCCCAACAGGAAGAAGAGGAGCUUACUGCCGAAGAAUCUUUGCCCUCCUUCCUAGAAACAUCUCGCGUUAACACUCCAGUGUCACAAGAAGAGGACAGUCGUCCAAGUUCUGCCCAACUCAUAGGAGAUGAUUCAUAUAAAGCUCUAAAACUAUUAAGCCAGCACUCCAUAGAAUACUGUGAUGAUGAACUAUCUGAAGUUCGAGGAGAAUCAUAUAAGUUUGCUGAGAAAAUGCUUCUCUCAGAAAAAAUUGAAACAUCAUUGCAGUCUUAUUCAGACACAGAGGAUUCUACAACUGUGGCAGACAAAAACCGCCACCUAGCUUCUGAGGAGACUGGUAGGUUUGAGGGCACAAAUCAAGGCAAAGGAAGCCCGAAAAGAGAGUUUGUUUCUAAGUCAUCAAAAGAUGGGUCCCCUAAAUCAGGUAAAUUCCUGCACAAAGAUGAACCUUCUCAGUUUGACAAGGUGACAGUGCUCCAUUACUCAACAGAACCAGGCAGUCCAAAACAUGCGGUUUGGAUGAGAUUUACUGAAGACAAACAUGAUAGAAGUAGGGACAAACUACUUUAUGAAGAUCGAGUAGAUCAAACAGUGAAGGAGGCUGAAGAAAAACUCAGUGAGGUAUCUCAGUUUUUCCGUGAUAAAACAGAGAAGCUUAAUGAUGAGCUACAGUCUCCUGAGAAAAAGCCAAUUAGACGACAGAAGGAGCCUAGAUCCUGGCCUAACUCUACCUGCAGCAGCCCAGAAAAAACACAACAGAAACCUAAAGCAGGGGAUGAGAUCUUUAGUAAAACCAAAUUUAAGGAAUCUUCAGUUGGUAAAUUUUUUAGCAGCUCUCCGGCAGUAGAGAAGAAAAGUUCUAGCUUACCAAGCAGUCCUCAGAAAAGUGUCAGCUCUUGUACUACUCAAGAACAAAUCAAACAAGAACCAAAGACCUGUGUGUCUGAACCCUCGUCUCCAGCUCAUGUAACUUCAACAUCAAAGGUCAGUGCAGUGAGGAUGAAGUUUGAAUCUGCUGCUCAAAAGGUCAGUCAAAGUCAGUCCAGUCCUACUAAAAUUCCUCCACCUGUGCAACCAAAACCAUCAGUAAAGAAACUGCAGGAAAGCAAACUACCUGUUUACCAGUUCGGCUCUGGAGGAAAAUCCUCAAAAGUAUCUGAAACAUCAGAAGAAAAUGUCCAAGAAAAGAAUGAGAAAGACAAAGCAAAUAGCAAGGCUGACCCAAUACCCACAUCUAAAAUUCACAAAGCAGACAAGCUUCCAAACAAAAACUUAAUUGAGCCCCCUCAUGACAUUUGUGAAACUACGACUGAUAAAGUAGCACCUAAAGGUAAAGAUAAUCAGUUUAGUGUGACCCAGGAAAUUAAGGAAAGUAAUAAAAGCUACACUGCUAGGAUGUCUGUCGUUUUUGACAGUGAUGCUAAAAAAUACCAGCAAACCACUAAAAGUGUGUCGUCUACUAAAGAUGUAAAACCUGAACUGCCCAAAAAGGAUUCAGAGGAACCAAUAAACAAAAACCUUAGAAAAAAGACAGAAUCCCAGAUUCCUGUAAGAACCACAACCCCCUGUUUAGAUAACAACCUUACAAAGAAACAGACAACCAAAAAGCCCUCACAGAUACCUACACUAUCUAAACCUAAAAGCCCAGAGACAAGCCCAGCAAAAACAGAUUUAACCUUUGAAAUUCUUGACAAUUUACCGAAAGAUUCCAACUCCAAUAAUCUUCCGAGCCCCAGAGAAAUACUGGAGAAAGUAAUAGCUCCUCCAGUUGUAACAACCAAAGAGAACUUCAAAGGCAUCAAAACAUUGCCUGUUUAUGUCCAGGUUGGCAGGCAGGCAGAGAGGGAGGCUAAGGGAUCACUGUACACAAUAAAACAGAAAUCAAGCUCCGCAAUUAGUCCCAUAAGCCCAGAAGAUGAUACAUUAGAGCAAGUUUCUUUCAUAGACAGCUCAGGGAAAAGCCCUCUUACACCAGAAACCCCCAGCUCUGAAGAGGUCAGCUAUGACCUCACGUGCAAAACUCCUGAUGGCUUUAUGGAAUUCAUUUCAGGCAAGCCAAGCCCUAUCAUGGAGGUAUCUGAGGACUCGGAGGAAGAUGGUCAAGGAAACACAGUUUUCUCAUUUAAAGAGGCAACAAUAGACAGCAAAAAUAGUGCUCACGACGCCCAGGCAGACCUUGCUAAUGCUAAUAAAGAAAAAACAAAAAUGAAUGACAAUCAGCUGGAAUUACCUGAUAAUUUUAAAGAAGAAACCAUCAACAAUAUUCAUGGUGAUAUUAAAGACCAGGAGCAGCAAGAAGUGUCAAAAGACAAGGGUAUUGCAUACAUUGAGUUUCCUCCUCCUCCCCCUCUGGAUUCAGCUUCAGAAAUUUCAGACACAGAGAGAAAGGGCUCCUGUGCCUCUUCAGAGACUGAGACAGAAAUGAUGGAAGUGAACUUACAAGAGGAACACGACAAGCAUCUGACCGAACCAAUUAUACGUAUACAACCUCCUACUCCAGUGCCCCCUAGCACAGAUGACAGUCAAUCAAAUGCCGACGAAGAUGAUGAGUCAAUCUUCCAGCCAAUUCCAUGUAAAAAAUUGACCUCCAAUCUUCCUGAAGAAGAGGAAAAGAAAAAAGAGAAAGAGAAAACAUCUAAGUCUAAAAGACAUGACAAAAAUGGCAACAAAGAACCUGGUGGGACCAAUGGUUCCAAUGGCUCCACCAAUGGUUCCAAAGGUUCCAAUGGUAAAGGGGAGGAUAAUGACUGUGAACAAAAUGGAAAUGACCAGUCAAUAACAGACUGCUCAAUAGCCACAACAGCUGAGUUUUCUCAUGACACAGAUGCCACAGAGAUAGACUCUCUAGAUGGCUAUGAGCUUCAAGAUGAGGAUGAUGGCCUGUGUGAGCAGGCUGAUUUACGACUUUUUGGACUUCCAGACAGUCGGAGAGAUGUUUGGGCAACAGAGACAUUUAGGUCGUCCGAUCGUUCUUUUCCCCAGACCAAACUGGAAGUUAUUGAGGAGGAGAAGACCCCCGAGGAAUGCCAGAAAGACAUUUUGAAAAAAGAUACCUCCACCUGUAACGGAAAUUCUGAUGGCAUUAGUAAAGAUGGAGCUAAAACCCAGGAACCCUCAGAGAAAGAAGGAUUUUCAGACUCUUACUUUAGUUACAAAUUAGAAGAGGAAUUCAAUUCUCCUUUUAAGACUGUUGCCACUAAGGGGCUGGACUUCGAUCCAUGGCCCAGUAAAAGUGGUGAAGGAGAAAUUGUUGACAUGCGGGGAACAAAGGGAAACAAUGGGGAGCCAAAGCCUUACGGACUAGCUGUUGAAGACCAGUCUCAGGCUACGACAGCAGAAACUACACCUGCUCAAACUCCAACAGACGAUAGCACACCAACGAGUGAACCAAACCCAUUCCCCUUCCAUGAAGGGAAGAUGUUUGAGAUGACACGCAGUGGUGCGAUUGACAUGAGCAAGAGGGACAUGGUGGAGGAGAGGCUCCAGUUUUUUCAGAUUGGUGAGCAUUACUACUCAGCAGGCAAGUACAGGGUCAGGGACUUUGAAAAAGAUGCCUCCUCACAAUGCAUUAAUGAGUUUAAUUCUCAGUAUACCUUACCAGUCCCUCAAGUCCCCAUUCAGACAAUGACUGUAGAGAUAUCCAAUGUGUCUGGUUACAGCACAUGCAAAGAGUCAGCUUCCAACACCGAGCCAAAAUUCUCUACUUUUAAAGCAGGUUUAAAGCUAGCAUCAUCUGAUGCUUCAAAUAGCACUUCUAAAUAUACAAGCACUUUCAAUUGGAGUAGUGAUGAUGUUUCAGGAACCACUGCAGAUAGAUGUUAUUGUGCUAUACCAGACUAUGCAGAUUACAUUCAUUUUAAUACAUUAAACGUAGCACAUAACUCUUUGAGGAAACCGUCAUUUGUCAUGGAUUACUAUUCUGAUGGCAAUAUUUGUCCAGACAGACGUAAACAGAACCCAGAAGAUGAAAAGACUUGUUACCAAAGCACCGAUUGUCUUUCAGCACCUUCACAACAGACCAGCAAUCUGCAAACACUGAGCAGCAAUACCAGUAGCACUAUCCCUGACUCCUAUUUAGGUAUUUUUCAAGCUAGCAGCACCAUAUCCAAUUUGUUGUCCUCUGCAAGACCAGCACUACAAGACGUCAGUGGAUCAGAAACCUCUUUAAGCCAGUUAGGGGAACACUAUGGGAAAGACGAGACUGUUUUUAAUGUAGCAAUAGCAAAAACAGAAGCCAAAGGAGUCAAAGGCCAUAUAUUUAGAUCCAAGUUGCCCUUGAGGGUGGCUAGCCACAAACUAUGCAGCCAAAGGCAUCAUGAAAUAAAGGGCAUUUUGAAAGAAAAUGCCCAUGAAUUUUCUCUCAGGACACAUAAGAUGCAACAUAAAGUUUGGGAACGGUUUGACCCUUUUAAAACUUUAUUUCCUAAAUCCAGAAUCCCUAUUUUGAAAGCCAUUAAAAGCCCUUCUAGUUCCCAAAAACAGCCACUGGCCAGAAACAAUACACUCAGACUUAACAAAAAUUUUAAUGAGGAAAGAAUUCAAUCUAAGCACACACACAGAUCAUCAAAAGGCAAAAGCAAAAAUGAAAACAGUGCAGUAGACCUGAAGAACUUUACAACAAACUCUCUUAAUAGUCGAGCAGCCAAAUCUUUAAACAAAACCAAAUCCAAGGAGGCUGAAGCUAUGUUAGCAGGGAAAACUUUGCCCACUGAAGAUGAGGAGAGCUGCAGACUCAGUACCACCAGGAACACUUCCCUGUCAGAACCGUCUGUAGCUUCUAGGAGUUCCCGUUCUUCCUGCACCUCUACCUCCACCCCCACCUCCACCACCACAUCACCACCACCCACUAGAGAUGUCAGUAAGAGGAUGAGGACAAGCAGGAGGAAGAUUAGGUGGACACAUGGAGGGAAGGAGCGUGAGCAGAUGGAGGAAGGGAGUCAGGUUGAUCAACCAAUCACGACUCCUGUGAUGGAGAACGAGACUAGCCCCCAGAGUCCCUGUGAGCGAACAGACGUCCGCAUGGCGAUCGUAGCUGACCAUCUCGGCCUCAGCUGGACUGAGCUGGCCAGGGAGUUGAAUUUCUCUGUGGAAGAAAUCAAUUUCAUCAGAGUGGAAAACCCAAAUUCUCUGACAGCGCAGAGCUUUAUGCUUCUAAAGAAAUGGGUGCACAGGGAUGGUAAAAAUGCCACAACGGACGCUUUAACUGCGGUGCUGACUAAGAUCAAUCGGUUGGAUAUUGUGACUUUGCUGGAAGGGCCCAUAUUUGACUACGGUAACAUAACAGGCACACGCUGCUUUGCCGAUGAUAACGCAGUAUUCCCGGAUCAGUCCGAUGGAGACCACAGUAUAGAUCUGGAACUGAAAACCCCAACAGAACUCAACUACGUCCCCUGUACCCCCCUGCGCUCCGAUGAAUUCUUUAGUGAGGGCGAAGCUAGCGUAAUGUCCCCAAGUAGGACCACACUCACCAGACCUAGUGACCUCUCUCUAGCUCAGACCACAAGCACCUCCAGCAGCGACCCGUCCACCGUGGUUCCGGCCGCUGGCUCCGAGCCUCCUAUUGCGGGGCCUGAAGACACAGUUCUGACUGGAGGAGACAGAGGGACGACUGUGGAGAUGCCAGAAAAUGACCGGAGGGCGGGGAACCUUAAAAAAGGCGGUUCUCAAAAUGGAAGAGAGGAAGAAGAGGAAAUGACCCAGGAGAGACUGCGGAGUCUGCUGGAGGAUAUACAGCUGGAGGGAGGCGUGGAGGAAGAGGAGAUGACCGAAGAGAGAGUGAAUGCGAUCCUUGAGCAAGUUCGGCAAGCAGAAAAAAACAUUUCUUCAGUUCCAGGCUGGAGGACUGAGGCGUCCGGAGCCACAGCUGGACACAGCAGCAGCAAGGACGCGGAGAGCAGCCCCGACAGUCCAGCCGAUUCCCUGGAGCAACCCCCGGCUCAGAAUGGAGGUCACACAGAGCCGGCCAGGGAAGGGAGGGAAAAAGAAGCUAAGAAGAAAGGGGCCGAAGAGGACAGCAGGACAGCGGGACCCAGCAGAGGACGGGAGGACGUAGGUGACAAGUCCCAGCACAAAGUGCAGGAAACCAUCAGAGCUGAUGAGUCCGGCUCUGACGACGACACCACCGUCACUACCAGGGUGUACCGCAGACGGGUCAUACUUAAGGGAGAGGAGGCCAGAAACAUUCCUGGACAGUCUGUUACUGAGGAGCAGUUCAUAGAUGAUGAUGGGAAUCUGGUCACCAGAAAAGUUAUCAGAAAGGUGGUUCGUCGGGGUUUCAACUCACAGGAAAGGCUGGAAUGUGAAGGCCAGGAUAUUCCAGGGGAAGGAACUUCGGGUGUUGAUGUAGGCGAGGCAGAUGCUGCUGCUGCAUCAGCAGAGGCUGCAGCAUCUGCAGCAGGAAACAAGGGUGGGAGGGGCAAGAAAAGAGGGAAGCGCUCCCGACACGGCCACAAGGAGGAGGCCCAGAGAGAGAAAACACAGCCUGGAGAUGGUUCCAGCAAGAAGCACGAAAAAAAGAGUCAGUCGUAACGGCGAAGCUCUAAAAGUAACCAGGUUUUUAAGUCACUCACGGCGACGCCACUCUUGGAAAAAAAACAUCUGAACCGGAGUCCACAGUGAAGAAGAUCGGGUCGGGACGUGUCAAGUCAACCAAACUGUUUUAGAAGCACUCACCUACAGCGCAUGGUUUACAGCAAGACGACGUUACUUUUCCUUGAUUUCGCAUGAGCAUGUCACCGAACUCACUCGCUGUCAGAAAACAGAAAAAAAGAAAAAAAAAGAAAGGAAAAACCAAACAAAUCGGAGGGGACACGCAUGGACGUGAGCGGGGAACUUUAGCUCAUCAGCGGCGAAUGAACUGCAUCUGCAGCCAAAUAAAAAAAAAAAAAAACCUGCUGACAGAACAGACUCCACUCUCUGACACUCGCCUUUUUCUUUUCUUUUUUUUUUCUUUUUUCUCCCCUCCUGAAUCUGAAACAGCAGCACUGGAGUGUACCACAUGGUUCGUUUUUUUUUAAAAUAAACUCUAACAGCAAAGGGGGGGGGGCGGGGGGGCGAUUUUGUUGUAUAUAGUUGACACUGUAUAAAAACAACAACAAAAUAAAUAGUAGCUUCACAGAUUGUUUAUGCACUGAUUUGAGCUGAUGAGGCUUUGCAGAGUCUGUGCACUUGACUGUGUGACUUGAUUUGCUCUUCCUGAAUCAUGAAAAAAUAAAAGGAGCAAAAAAAAAAGCUGUAUGAGAACGAGGAACGAAUGCAGGAAAAAAAAGGAGGAAAAAAAAAACUGCUUAAUUUUACACAUUGGAUGGCCGAACAGCUACUCUGCUGUGGAACGUUCUCCAGAGAAAUUAUAUUUUGCUGCAUGUUGUGUCACUUUAUUUUUAAUGUUUUCUUUCCUUUCUUCUAAUUUUAAAGCACUGUAAUACAGUUAGUGGGGGUUUGACAGAACUUCUUUAUCUGUUUAGGCUCAUAAUAACACAAAGGUUUAUCAUCCGUGGCAGUCUUUGAUUUAGUUAAUCACACGCCACAUUUAAGUUGUCGGACAGUAAAUCUUCGCUCUUCUGAUCUAACAAAAAGGACGGGCGGUUUUGUCAGAUGUAACCUGCAGGCUGGAAUAUUAGUUCUAAUCUGCUGCCAGCCCUGGGGGCGUGUGUGUGUGUGUGUGUGUGUGUCAUAAAUCUUUACUCCCAACAUGCAUACUAUGGCUUUUCUGUCUACUGGUGUUUUUAAAAAGGGGGACUGUUUUUAUGUUAGGUUUUUACAACUUUCAUCUUAUUUAACUGUUAUUUACAUGAUCUGAUUUUUUAGCGUCAAUCACCAAAACCGUAACUGGUACCAACAGCUGGAAUCACACUAAUCACACUCGUGACUUCACGCUGGUGAAAAUGUUAAGUCUCUUUUACUGUAAAUCUACUUUUCCUGUGUUUCUGUUUCUUUUUCAUACGAAUCUACCCCACGCAUUCACUGAAAAUAAAUCUGGUACCGACAUGUAUGACGAACCAACAUAGCCAAUCCUGGAUGAUUAAUUAUUUAAGCAAAAAAAUAAAAAAAAUAAACUGUGUUUUAACCUAUAA